CAUUAAAGAAUUCAAUACAUGAACUGAAAUAAUGGAAAUCUGCUGGACCUAUGGAGCAGGCAGAGAAGAGUAGCUGAUGAGUAGUCACGUUAGUUUGGGGUGUUUCAUUCGUUUUAAGGGUAGUUUUAAUAUGACGGAGCACCAUGGUGGUUUUGGUGAAAAGGAGGGCGGCGUAGCGGGUUGUUUUAUUUAGCUGGCGAGCUAACGCUGGAGCUCUGGUAUGUUAGCGAAUGUGCUAGCAGGCUAGGCUAGCUCAGGGGGAGGAGGGGCGAGUUCCUCCGCUUUGAAAUUGUUUCAGAGCAGCUAGCUGCCAUUAGCAUUAGCAUACCAGCAUCUAAGUUUUUCUUUUAAGUUUUUGAGCUCGUAUUUUUAUUGCGCAUUUAACUUUUUCCUGUGUUGUAUUUAACGCUAGUCUUUCUUCGAUUUGUUAUCGAUGAUUAUUUAAUGUUGAGGUGAUGUAGCCGCAAGCUUGCGGCUAACCAGAUCAGACAAUACAUUUCAAAUAGGAUUGAUGAAUCGUAUAGCGAGAAGCUUACAGUUGACGCGUUCUGGCUGUCUGUCUAACAUUAGCUUAGCUGCCAGGCUAGUGGUGUUGGCUAGCGCCGGUUAGAAGUUGACUGUUUAGCUAGCGUCAGCUAGCUGAAGCUAGCAAGUUGGCAGCGCUUUAACGGGAUAAUUAGAGCUGAACAUAGCUUCGCAAGCGAGUUACCCAGAUCGGCUAUUGCCCCCCGAAGGUGAUUGAGAACAUGGAUUUUAACGUUACAACUACGCAGUGAAAGGAUGAGUUCGUGCUUUGUACCAAACGGGGCCAGUUUGGAGGACUGCCACUCCAACCUCUUCUGCCUGGCUGAUUUGACUGGAAUAAAAUGGCGGCGUUUUGUGUGGCAAGGACCCACCUCCUCGCCAAUCCUUUUCCCUGUGACUGAGGAGGACCCGAUCUUGUGCAGUUUCAGCCGAUGCUUGGCGGCAGAUGUGUUGAGUGUUUGGAGGAGGCACCAAACCCCGGGUCGCAGAGAGCUCUGGCUCUUCUGGUGGGGUGAUGACCCCAGUUUUGCAGAGCUUAUCCACAAUGAGCUCUUAAGUGAGGAGGAUGGUGAGUGGGAAAGUGGUCUAUCCUAUGAGUGUCGAACGCUCCUGUUCAAAGCCAUUCACAACCUGCUGGAGCGCUGCCUCAUGAACCGGGGCUUUGUUCGUAUUGGCAAGUGGUUUGUCAAGCCAUACCAAAAGGAGGAGAAGACCAUUAAUAAAAGUGAGCACCUUUCUUGUGCAUUCAACUUCUUUGUACAUGGGGACAGCAACGUGUGCACAAGUGUUGAGAUUGCUCAGCAUCAGCCUCUUCAGCGAUUGAGCGAGGAACACCUAAGCCUUGCACAGCAAAGCUCCAGCCCCUUGCAAGUCAUCCUGAGCCCAUAUGGCUUGAAUGGGACCCUCACUGGCCAGGCUUUUAAGAUGUCAGACCACCCUACUCAGAAGCUUAUCGAAGAGUGGAGGCAGUUCUAUCCCAUCAGCCCCAAUCCCAAGGAGGUCCAGGAAGAAAAGUUGGAAGAUGCGGACUGGGAGGAUGACUCCCUGGCAGCUGUGGAGGUCCUUGUUGCGGGAGUAAGGAUGGUUUAUCCUUCCUGCCUGGUGCUUCUCCCUCUGUCGGACCUCCCUACUGUGGUCCCUCAGGGCUCAGCCAAUGCCUCAGGAAGCUUGUGUGGUGCUCAGCAGGGCCAGGCUGCUAACAGAGAUCCUGCCAUGUCCUCUGUCACUCUGACUCCUCCAACGUCACCAGAGGAGGCUCAGACUGAUUAUCAGCCUGCCCAGAAGUGGCUCAAGUUGUCUUCUGCAUCUGAUGGCUACAGCUCUAACAACACUCUACACGGUGGUAAAAUCCCUCGCAGGAUGGCCAGCCAGAUGGUGGAGUCUGUAUGGCAGGAGUACAACCUAAACCAUACAGGGAACAAGAAUAAGUUUACUUCAUUGACAAAUGGAACCUGUGAGGAGGAGACAGAAAAAACAGGACUCUGGGAUUUUGUGGAGCCAGCUCAUAGGCUGCAUUGUAAUUGCGCAAGACAUAAGAAUUCGAAACAGCGGUCUAGCAGCACCUCAGGACACCCACCUUCAUCAGGACAGCCUGCCCUGCCAGCCCCCAAGCACAAGCUGGGUGAGAAGCUGGAGAAGGGGGAGAAGCAGCAGAAGAGGCCACAGACACCUUUUCACCACCGCAACUCUGUGAGCGAGGAGCAAUCCCUGGAGCCUCAGACCCAGAGGCUUUGCCUCAGAUCGCAGGAAGAAGGCUCGUAUCCCAGCUUGCACCAUGUGGACACGGUGCAGUCUAAAGCCCCUACACUGCACGCCCACGGCCCUCCUGCAGACCUUGUUGGAUCUCCACCUCCCCCUCCUCUCAGCCCACACCCCUGUGAUCACGUAGAAGUUGACAUGACUCCUGGUGGCAUGAAGAGCUCGUCAACUCCCAUUCACCAACCAUUCUACCCGCCAUCAGUGGAACCUUGUCAGAUGCCACCAAAGGGCUCAUCUGAGGAGCCUCAGAUGGAGAACAUGCCUAUGCCUUUGCCCUUUCCCUCAACCUACAAUGAAACCCUUGAACCCACCAUCUUUGUAGGUUCUGCCAUCAGCCCCAGUGAUGACUCCACCCAUAAUCCAUGGAAGUAUUUUCUCCUCCCUCAGAAAAAGCCCUCAAACUUCCUGACACCCCAGCUACCUUUAGAUAAAAUGAGAGAGGAUUCUGCAGGUGGUGGAGGAAGUGAAAGUGGUGUAGUCUCUGUCACAGAGUUGAUGUCAGGAUCCUCGCAUCCCCUGAAAGUGUCCCAAGAGCUCAUCAAGACUUAUACACAGCGGAGAAACAGCCAUCUUGCUUCCACCUCAGGAGAUGAAGAGCCUAGUGAGGAGCCAGACCCUUAUGCCUUCGUCGAAGGAGAUGAGGAGUUUAGCUUUACUGAUAAGAAGGACAAGUCUGGAGCUGAAAAAGAUGGAAACAAGAAACACAAGGUGGAUGAAGGAACUGGAACUUCUGCAGAUGAUGGACAGUGUCCUACAGGCAGUAAACCCUCAGCCUCGACCAGCCUCAUCCACGAGAACGACUUGGCUGUGUCCUACAGCGACCUCUGGACCAUGGGCAAAAUGGAGCUGAUACCCCCAGUGUCCAACACUAGUCUCCUCACUAAAGAUAGUAAUGUCCCCAGUGUGGAGCCUGACUAUAGCCAGACCUACACCCCGCAGACCCACCCGCCCUUCAUGUCCAGCAGCGCUCCUCCCAGCAACAGUGGUGCAGGUAUUCUACCAUCCCCAGCCACACCACGCUUCUCUGUGCCCACACCGCGCACGCCCCGCACUCCACGGACUCCACGUGGCCCAUCCAGCGUCCAGGGUUCCCUCAAGUAUGACAGUUCUGACCUUUACUCUCCUGCCUCCACGCCCUCCACCUGCCGACCCCUUAGUUCUGUUGAGCCAGCCACCGUGCCCUCAAUUCCCGAGGCUCACAGCCUAUACGUCACGCUCAUACUUUCAGAGUCAGUCAUGAACCUCUUCAAGGACUGCAACUUUGACAGUUGCUGUGUGUGUGUCUGUAACAUGAACAUCCGUGGGGCAGAUGUAGGCGUAUACCUCAAGGACAACGGCGAGGCCCAGUAUAUAUGCACUUGUGGUUUUAGCGCUGUUACCAAUCGGCGCUUUGGCCAGUCAGCUGGGCUCUUUCUAGAGGAUGAACUGGACGUAGUUGGACGGGGCUCUGAUGCUGCUCGAGAUACAGAGCGGUGUUUUGAAGAGCUGCGAGCUUCUACAUCACACAAAGCCAGCAGCCUGAAGGAGAAGCCUCCAGAUGAGUUAAUCCUGUUGCUGCAGGACCAGUGCACCAAUCCAUUUGCCUCGAUGGCUGGUGUGGAGUACCCCAAACCAACUUCAGCCCCCAGUUCGUUCCUAAGGGUGGAAGAGAGAGACUGUUAUAACGACUGCUACAUGGCACUGGAGCAUGGCAGGCAGUUCAUGGACAAUAUGUCAGGAGGCAAAGUCGAUGAAACACUAGUGAAAAGCACCUGUCUUCAUCAGUGGCCCAAACGCAAAUCAGCAGACAUGAGCAAGCUAUACUCUGUGGAUGUCCUCCGGGUGUUGUUGUCCCUCCAGCCUGUGCUGCAGGACACCAUUCAGAAGAAAAGGAGUGUGCGCUCUUGGGGCGUUCAGGGGCCACUUACCUGGCAGCAGUUCCAUAAAAUGGCUGGGAGGGGAUCAUAUGGUACUGAUGAGUCUCCUGAGCCUCUGCCCAUCCCAACCUUUCUGGUUGGUUACGAAUAUGAUUUUGUGGUACUGUCUCCUUUUGGGUUGCCCUACUGGGAGAAGCUUCUCCUGGAUCCUUUUGGUUCCCAGAGGGAUGUGGGAUAUGUUGUCAUUUGCCCUGAUAAUGAGUCUCUGCUCCGCGGGGCCAAGACCUUUUUCAAAGAUCUAAGUGCAAUGUAUGAGGCAUGCCAGCUGGGGCAACACAGGCCCAUCUGCAAGAGUCACCCAGAGGGCAUAUUGAAGGUUGGCACCAAAGAAGGCAGGAGCAUGACAGAGCAGCCUCUUAGUGACUGGUUCGUUAAGAUGGCUGCCAGAGAAGGAAACAAUGAAGCCUUUAAUAAGCUCAAACUCUUUGCUCAAGUGUGCUGCUAUGAUCUAGCUCCAUACCUGUCAGAGCAGUCUUUGGAUAGCUCUCUGUUGACCCAGCGGAACCCUACCACAGCCGCCACCCCCUCCUUCCAGACCUCUAGCUCUUCCAGCACUUCAUCAGGACUCCAGAGCACCAACACUACCGGCUCCAACACCAGCUCUGCCCAGCCUGCCCAGGUCAACAGCACCCCUCCCUCUUCAUCCUCAGGCUCACAGACUAUCGGGGGAAUGACCUCAGCCAAGCCAAGUUCCUUCUCGCCAUUUGGAACAGCAGGCUUGCAGGGUGGAGCGUCUCAGAAUGGACCCCAGCCAAACUCGCAGGGCACAGGGGGAAUGGCUGAAAAUGGAUCGUCUGCUUACCAGUCUCAAGGACCCACUGAGAGCCCAGAGAGCACAAUGGAGAGAGACAAAGUGGGUAAGCCAACAGACGGAGAGUCCCAUGCUGUGUCUUACCCGCCUGCUAUAGUGGUGUACAUCGUCGACCCCUUCAGCUACGAAGACACAGACAGAGAAGUCCAUUCGAGUACCUACACAAUGGGCCUACUGCGCUGCUACAUGGAAAUGCUCCACAUCUUGCCUGCUUGCAUCAGAAACUCUGUCUCUGUGCAGAUUGUUCCCUGCCAGUAUCUGCUCCAGCCGGUGCACAGCGCAGGGCGCCACGUCUACAGUCAGCACCUCAAGUCGCUGGCUUUCUCUGUGUUCACUCAGUGUCGUCGGCCUCUUCCCAACUCCACCAAUUUCAAGGCUCUGACGGGCUUUGGUCCUGGUCUUGCCAUUGACAUGGCACUCAAGAACCCAGAGAGGCCUGAGUGUCUGCGUCUCUACACGCCACCCUUCAUUUUGGCUCCAGUGAAGGACAAGCAGACUGAGCUCGGGGAGACGUUUGGUGAGGCAUCGCAGAAGUACAACGUCCUGUUUGUCGGCUACUGUCUGUCACAUGACCAGCGAUGGUUGCUGGCCUCCUGCACCGAUCAACACGGAGAACUGCUGGAGACCUGCAUCAUCAGCAUCGAUGUGCCGAACAGGGCUCGCAGGAAAAAGGGCUCAGCCCGACGGCUGGGUCUGCAGAAGCUGUGGGAGUGGUGCCUCGGCCUGGUGCAGCUCACGUCACUGCCAUGGAGGGUCGUUAUCGGGCGGCUUGGAAGGAUGGGGCACGGCGAGCUGAGAGACUGGAGUAUUCUGCUGAGCAGGAGGAACUUGCAGUCCCUCAGCAGGCGACUGAAGGAGACGUGCAGGAUGUGCGGCAUAUCUGCUGCUGACACUCCCAGCAUCCUUAGCGCCUGCUUAGUUGCCAUGGAGCCUCAAGGUUCCUUUGUGAUUAUGCCAGAAUAUGAUGCCUGUUUUGGCUGCAGUGAUGCUCUGAUCGAUGACUUUAUCACCUUCGUUUCGCAGGGUCAGAGUACAGAUCGGAUGGAGUCUCACGAAGAAGCGCUCAACAUCUUGCAGCAGCCGAUGGCUUUGGGUUACUUUGUCUCCACAGCGAAGGCCGGACCGCUGCCCGACUGGUUCUGGUCAGCCUGCCCCCAAGCCAAGAACCAGUGCCCACUCUUUCUCAAGGCCUCUCUUCACCUGCACGUGUCUUCUGUCCAAUCAGAUGAGCUUCUGCACAGUAAACACUCCCACCCCCUGGACUCUAACCACACCUCUGAUGUGCUCAGAUUUGUUCUAGAGCAAUAUAAUGCCCUCUCCUGGCUGACGUGCGACCCUGCCACCCAGGACCGGCGCUCCUGUCUGCCUGUUCACUUUGUGGUGCUCACCCAGAUGUACAACUUUAUCAUGAACAUGCUCUGAACUCUAAUGGGAUCAAACUGCUGAGAUUUGAUUGGAGGGAUCGCUCAGACAUGUUGUGGAUUUCCUGCUACAAAGACACCCCGACACUCGAAAGGACCUCACACUCCAUCAGGGUAAAUGUGGACGAAGCACCCUCCUCUUCCUCCUCGUCCUGGUGUAUCUCUCAGAACUCUAACUGGAAGUUUCCAAUGAAUCAAUCAGAUGCCAAGAAUCCAUUUUAUCACUUUGGAUGAUCAAGGGACAUUUCAUAAAGGAGAAAAAUGUCUUUUUAAUGACUGUAGAUUGCAAUCUAUGAGAUUUUAUCAUAAUGAAAUGCCUGCAUAUAUUAUUUAUUGUAAGUUUUUAAAUGUGGAAUUUUUAAUGCUUAAUAUCUUUUAUAUAUUACAAAUCCUAGAGGGUGUGUACAUCUCACUGUACAGGAAUUGGUAUCAAAAGUGUAAUUUUUCUCAAAUACAAAACGAAAAUCCUGUUCAAGUGAAUUUGCUGUAGAUUGCUUUUAGAAUAUUAUUUUUUCAAAGGGGUACAGACCUUUCUAUUGCCAUGCUGUAAUAAUGAAGUAAAAGCUGGCCUGGGCAUUUGUGUCCCACCCAAUGAGUGGAUGAGACUUACCUCUCUGUCUACUUUGGCUCCAGAGUCUCUUGCACAGUAACUCAGUGAGCUCUGAAGAGGAAUUAAAAGGUACAUUGUCAGAUUAUAUAUUUUAUAUAACAGAUUUAGGUAACUGUGUGUGUAUAUGUGUACAUAGUAAUUGUGUGCCGCUACUGAUGGUGCAGCUUCUGUUUUAGGAAUAAAGUGUCUACCUUA